GGUCCAACCGUCGUCUGCUCAGAUUCAGCAACAGAUGAUCAACUGCAGCAACGGUAACAACAAUAACAACAACAACAAUAACAUUAAUAAUAAUAAUAUAAAUAAAAACAACAAGGCUCGCGUGACAUAUUACUUUGAAAUGGACCCAAAGGGUAAGCUCAAACCGUUGAAUAGUAAGAACAAUCGGCAGGCAGUCGACGAAACGAGUUCUUCGAACAACUGCAACGACAAGUCUGCGAAUAGGUUCUUCCACAUAAACCUGAGGGCGGCGAAAAACGGCGAAAACGCCAAGCCCCGAAUAACCAAGACGCCAAAUGCAGAUUUGUUUCUAGAAUUUCAGACGGACAAGUCCGGCAACAACAAGGGGGCAAAGUUAGUGAUCAAAAAGAAGCAGUCCACGGCCGGGGAAGAGUUGCAACUCAGCCCGACAAGCUUGAGCGGUGGAGGUACCAACAAGAAGUCCUCCGCCGCCGGUAGCGGCGAACGUCCUCGUUUGCCGGGCUACAACGGCCUCCGAUCCGAGUACGGGCUGUCGGCUGAACAACUGUUGGAGAGGCGCAACACGAGAAUGGAACGAGAGAGGCGGCGGAAAGAGUUGAGGCAGAAGAAACACGAAGAAGAGCAGAAGAAGAGAGCGGAGAACGAAAAAAAUUUCUAUAAAUGGCUGCAACAGAAGAAACAGUUGAAGAAACACGCAAAGACCAUCAGACGCAGCUAUCCCAUGAACAGACUGACCGUGUCUUCAACAAGAGUUUCCGUUAAUUCUAUACACGAUAAUAAUCGACGCAAAGGAUCAUUUGCUUUGGAAGAGUUGUUAAAGAUCAAAGACGAGAAUAGCGGAUGGUUUAAGUUUUAAAAAAAAUCGUUAUUCGUUUAUUAUAUAGAGAUCGUUUAUAUUUAAUCAGUUACUACUUAUUAGUUAUUAUGAUAUAUUGUAGGUUGAUAUGACUGUGGAUUACCUGCAUGCUGUAUUCGAAUAAAUAUACCUACAUGAAGUAUAUUAAAUAUAAUAAUAUGCAAUUUAUAGGUAUAUUUAAAUGAGAUAUAUUCAAUAGUAUUCUAUAGCUGUGGUUCUCAACAUCUUUAUAUCUAUCUUCAGUACUACUUAAAAAUGUUCACUUACACCUUAGACUAAUAUACAGUUAUGUCUUUAUGAGUAAAUGAAAAGAUUUUAUCACAAGCUAAAUAAUUAUAAAACCAUGAAUCGUGAUAAAUUCUGAACAGUGUUUAUUGCAUAAUAACCAAAAUAAAAUAUUC